UUCACCAGCUCUACUUUCUUGAACUCUAAGGUUGGCAUCUCAAUUCCACUGAUCAACUAGUACAUAACACGCAUGCGUAGUAGUUCUAGCUCAAAGGUAAUCGUCGUUCCAUUCUCCUCACUCAACAAGCAUAUUUAAGAUAGAGAGAUUUUGGGAUCUAGGAGAUCGAUCAUGUCGACAGACUGGGGCCCGGUGAUCGUGGCAGUGAUCCUCUUCAUCCUCCUGUCACCGGGGCUGUUGUUUCAGCUUCCGGGGAGGUCGAGGGUGAUAGAGUUUGGCAGCAUGGGAACCAGUGGGAUCUCUAUCCUUGUUCACAGCAUUCUCUUUUUCUGCGUGCUCACCAUCCUUGUCAUUGCAGUCGGUAUACAUGUUCACGCUGCUUGAAUUCUCGGGAGUUUUUAUUGUUGUUCUGACUUUCUAUACUGUGGAGGGUUUGUGUGUGCUGUAAAUUAAUUAAAAAUGGGUUGAUUUGGACUCCAAAUGUGAAUAAUAUGUCAGUUUGUUGCCCCCCCAGGGGCCAAAAAGAAAGAAUUAAUCUUCUGGGUAUCUUGAGCGCAAAGUGCCUUUUGAGCGGCUGAGAAGUUCGAAGUAUACUUCCAUCAUUGUAGUUACUCUUCGUAUGCAAGGGGUUGCUCGUACGCUAGCAAUGUAAAUUAAUGAGCAAAUACCGCGGGUAGAAAAUAUCGCGAACGGGAAAUUAACGGUUAAAUCUGGCAUUAAUUGGAAUGUCCAUUAUUUCCAUUGUCAGAAUUGUAUUUACAUUGCAAAUUAAGUGUUUGUUUUCCUAGAAUUGUAAAAUGACCCGCACAAUUUGAGUUGGAAUCUCAUACUUUGAUCAGUUGAUGACAUGACAUCAAUGUU